GGGACCCUUAUGGACUGGAAGCUAAUCUCAAAUCACACUCCGAUUCUUUUCUGACAACGCAGUCCUUCAUUACUCAGUCAGUCUUUCCCUCAGCAGGCCGAAUUUGACGCUCAAUUUCCAGCCUCAAGAUACUUCGUCAAAAACAUACCCCUCCCCUUCGGCCACUGCCCCACCAUGGCAGCCUCCAUUUACCCCAAAUAUCCGCCCGACUUGACCAAGGCGCAGUUCGACCACCUGAUUACAAGCAUCAAAGACUACUCCAUUGCUCACGGUCUUGCUGUUCGUCCCCAGCCGUCCUUUGUGCCACCAGAGUCCGACCCUGCCGGAGUUCUUGCUACGACAGCUCCCGUCACACUCUUCCCUAGUCUCUUCCCCCGUGCGUGCUUCGAUGAGGCCAAGGCGAUUCAGAAAGCGUACAAUGAAUUGUAUGCAAGCAUUGCCAAUGACGAGGAGUGGCUUAAAGACAUUGUAGAAGAGCUUGCCGAAGUAGAUGAUUUCAUUGCUAAGCUCUGGAAGGUUCACCUAGCUGUCAAAGAGGAAGGAUAUACACAGGACCUUUCUCUUGGUCUGUUCCGAUCAGACUACCUAGUACAUGUUGAGCCUUCGAAUCCCUCUGCAAAGCCGGAGGUCAAACAAGUCGAGUUCAACACUAUAGCUUCGUCAUUCGGAGGAUUGUCUGAGAAAGUCGGAGACUUGCAUCGAUACCUUUACAAUACAUCUUGCUACCCCCCAACCCCAUCAUCAUCUUCUGGAACCGCUUCAAAUCUUAUAAAUACUUCGUCCUUGACGCCUAACCACACCAUCUCCUCCCUUUCCUCUGGUCUGGCAGCUGCACAUGAUCAUUAUGGGCCGUCAAAGACAUCCAACCAGAAAUGCAUAAUCUUUCUUGUUCAAGACCCUGAACGAAAUGUCUUUGAUCAACGUCCGUUGGAAUAUACCCUUCAAGUAACCCACUCUAUCCCUACGUUCCGAGUCCCCUUUUCGUCAAUCCUCCUGAAUACUUCCAUUGACAACACGCACUCCUCACGACCGUUGCUCUACACGCCGCCUCACUCGCCCGAAUCUGUCUACGAGGUCAGCGUCGUCUACUUCCGGGCAGGAUAUGCCCUCUCCGACUACCCCGACGAGACUGCAUGGACGGCACGGCAUCAGGUUGAACGGUCCUGCGCCAUCAAGUGCCCUACCAUUCUCACGCAUCUUGCUGGAUCCAAGAAAAUCCAACAAGUCCUCGCUACUCCUUCAUCACCGCAUCUCUCUCGGUUCCUCAAAGACCCUGCUGUUGCAGAUCGUGUCCAUCAGACAUUUACAAACAUAUACCCUAUCGAUGACACGAACGCGGGCCGUGAAGCCCGGGCAAUUGCUACAGACGAGGGCAAGUCGAAUGGAUAUGUUUUGAAGCCUCAACGUGAGGGAGGCGGAAACAAUAUAUAUCGAGCAGCCAUACCGAAAUUUCUCAAGAGUCUCCCAGAGUCGCACUGGAAGGGAUAUAUCCUUAUGGAGCUAAUUGAGCCUCCUGCCCAAGAGAAUGCCAUUUUGCGAAACGGCGAGGUGCAAAGAGGACAGAUUAUUGGAGAACUGGGAAUAUAUGGUGCUUGUCUAUGGAGAAAAGGCGAGAACAGCCCUACGCUGUUGGAAAAUGAAGAAGCAGGUCAGUUGCUUCGGACCAAGGGUCGAGAAAGUGAAGAAGGUGGUGUCGCGGCGGGAUUUGGUAGCGUAGAUAGCUGUUUGUUAAUUGACGUAUAGACUUGCAGAAGCAGCAUGCACAGCGAUUUAUAUAUCAGAGUUUCAAUUUGCAUAGAUUUUUUUCACACAGAUUAUUUCACACUAUGAAUGGACGAUGCC